AUGCUUCUUGGAAUAGGAAAGCAUGCACCGUGUCUGACCUGUCUAGUGAGACGUUGUGAAUCCCCAAGCGAUGGGGUUUUGGGGCACCCUGUCAGCAGAGGUUCGCCACGUUGCGGAGUUCAAGGUCUGGACUGCUGCGCGGUGUACCACGGCUGGGCGGAGAAGUUGGAAUACUUCACCAACAUCUCCUGGCCAUUUCCUUGUGACUGCGGCGUGGGCGCUGCACUGGGCUGUGUGCCCCGUGGUGAUCUUUGUGUACACCAGGACGAUACCGAUAAUGAAAUCGAAAUUGAAAUAUUACAAACGUUGCAAAAUAUUGAUCUUAGAAAAUUCUUUUAA